AUGAUUCAGGAGCUAAUAGACAAUACCCCUGAUGACCACCCUGACGGAGAGUUACUACAGAAUGCUCUGAGUACAGUCAACACCCUUGCCAAGGCUAUCAAUGCUAGUAAGAAUGAUGCUGAUCAAGCCCUCAUCGAUCGCCAGAUCAUCCAGGAGCUGGCUGGACUCAUUGAUGGCAUGGACGAUCUCAACGUCCCUCAUCGGAGGUUCAUAAGACAGUAUCCUAUAUCAGAAACGAAAGGUUCCAAGAAGGAUCAUUGUCUGUUUCUCUUCUCUGAUCUACUAAUAUGUGCCUUGGUGAAGAGGAAGAGUGCUGUCAGAAGACCUUCUGUUACUGUUUUGUCGCCCUCUACAUUGCCGAUAGAAGCAAGCAAGUACAAGUUAAACUGGAAGCUUCUUCUAGAAGAUAUAGAACUCAUCAAGUCGACGCCCACCAUCAAACGAGCCAAUCAGGAGAGAGAUCUCAGCCGUCUUGAGGAGGAUCUGUCCAUUCUAAAUAAUAUCAGCAGCUUGUCAGAUAAUCUAAGCUGUCAACAUCAGAAUCUUGAUGAGGUUAUCAAGGAGAUCACAGAGAAUAUAAGGAAAACUAUUUCAGAGAGGCAGGCCCUCUCAGCUAUACCCCAUACACCUGUUAAUAAAGUAGAAUUGACUGCCACCACUACGGAAGGCAUAGAAUCGUUUGUGUUAUUCUUCAACAGCUCUGAAUUAAGAAAUAAUUUCGAAGCUGAAGUGGAAGAAGCAAAAAAGAAAUUAGCUGCUAGUUCCAGGGACCGGUUCCCUCCUCUAUUCCUAUACCCCAUCCCUAUCAUGAAGACCAGAAGUGGUAUGCAGUUCUCCUGUGCAGCUCCUAGUCUUGGUACAAUGAGUAACUCACUCAAAGAUGUCUGGGUGUGUAACAGCGAUGGUUACGUUGGUCAGGUCUGUCUAUUGAGUUUGACUCCGGAACCUUCCAUGGCGUCGUGUAUCUCGGUGUGUUCGGCUCGUAUUCUAUGUAUAGCAUCGGUACCUCAGGCACAAGAGAUUUCCAAAUCACACAGACGGUCUCUGCGCCUUACAUCUCGGUCAAAGAGUGCAGAAGGACGUAGUUUGAUGAAGUCACCGUCUCACUUCAUUGGUCCAGCUGAGUUUAACUCUGUCCAGACCUCACCUGUCAACCGACAAGCAAGUGAGAUCAUGGCAUUUGAUUCAGAGGAUAGUGAGGAUGAUGUAGAGGUCAGAUCACCGGUCAUUGGUCAAGAUACAUCUCACCUUGGACCGUUGAUGGUCGAUGAGAAGCCCAUGGAAGAUGAAGGUAGUUCAGAUGAUGGGGAGCCUGCUGGCAGGCCUAGUCCCUGUGGAGAAGAGAAAGAUGAUCUGAAAGGCAAUCAACCUACCAUGUGGCUUGGUACAGAAGAUGGAUGCAUCUAUGUAUACCAGUGCACUGACAACAUCCGUACCAAGAAGAGUAGAGCUAAGAUUCGUCAUCUUGCAGCAGUACAGUGUAUCCUGUAUCUAGAGAAUAAAGUUUUUGUUUCUUUGGCUAAUGGUGAUCUAACAGUCUACAGGAGAGACUCAGGUCACUCAUGGGAUACAGAUAAUCCCAUCACAGUAUCCCUCGGGAGUAGUACCACCCCUAUCAGUAAAAUGGUAUCGGUCUGUGGUAAGCUCUGGUGUGGCUGUCAGAAUAACAUCCUUAUUGUGGAUCCUGUUACUCUUAGCAUAGAGCAUAAGUUUCCAGUAUGUAACGAUACUCAGAGGGCUGUAUACUGUAUGGUAUCCUGUGGAUGGGGUGUAUGGGUAUCUCUUCAGAGUAGUGCAGUCGUAAGGCUCUUCCAUGCUACUACACACCAGAUCAUGUGUCAGGUUGAUGUUACACAAACUGUUCAUAAGAUGCUUGCAAGUUCUGAUGCUAUUAUUCGCCAACACAAAGCAGCUUGCCUUAGAAUCACAGCCCUUCUAGUAUGUAAAGACCUUCUAUGGGUUGGUACAAGUGCGGGCGUGGUCCUUACAUUACCCCUACCAAAGAUAACAUCAUCCUCCUCAUCCCUCAAAGAUGUCCCCAGUCCUACCGGGUCAGCUCAAGGUCAUACCGGUCAUGUCCGAUUCCUCACCUCAGUGGAAGUCCCUACCAACACACAAACAUCAAUCACCGUAGCAACAUCACCCUCGUCCAAUGGUCGAAGGACAGGCCUCCAGGUCAUGCAGAAUAAUAACGCAGCGUCGUCGACACCGGAAGGUAGGCGUGGCUCUGGCGGGAAUCUCCUUGGCUCCAACAUCAUGGUGAUUAGUGGUGGAGAUGGGUAUGAAGACUUUGGAGCUACAGUGCCUAAUGAACUCGCAGGAAAGGAAGAUAGUACAAACCAUCUAUUACUGUGGCAGGUUUAGGAGCUCUUCAGUAUCUAUGACAACAGACCAAAUAAUGAGGAAUAUGCAAACGGGCUGUCUGAGUUUGAAAUUCCUUUCAAACCAGGGUAAUGUACACUGCCUUUGAUUUCAAUAUGAAUCACUGAUCCAGUGAAUGCCACCCAUGGAAGGGUGUGUUCUGUCUCAUUGGUGAACAUGUGGUCAUCAUACAUGGAGGUCAGGUGAUGUCAUGUGACUGGUCAUGUGAUAGUCACUAUGUAUUCAUGAAAUAAUACUGCUAUCUUCCCAUGGUUCUACCUACCUGAAGUUUAAAGUCUCUGAAUGAAAUCUGAUUGAAUAAAGAGUUUUAUAGUAUUCAGCUGAAUAUCUUUUGUGUCUUUCUCUUCACAUCUAUUUAUAUGUACGUUUUGAAAGCACAGUCAUUGUUUACUCUUCCCAUCAAAGUAAAAUGGAAGAGCGAAAUAAAGUUUUUCACAAAAGAUACAUUAUUUAGCUAUUUUCAUCAUCACACAUUACUUUGGAAUAUGAAAAAUUGUUGAUUUGAUAUUCUGAUUUAAACAAGUUCUGAGUGUACUGGAAAUUCAACUACACGUAGUUCUAUAUUCAUUGUAUUCAGUUAAAUUUUCUUUUUCGUGUGAUGUUUCUAUAUGUUUAUUGGUGCAUAAGAAUUUUGUUCCAUUCUUAGCUGUAUUUUGCAGCUUUAGUGUUUUUUUUUAUUCUAUGUUUCAUCCAAAUGCUUAUUGAUGGUGCUAUAUGAAACAUCUAAUGGCAAAAGAAUGGAUUGAAUAGAACACUGGGAUAGUUGCAAUGUUGUAUACCAGUGUAACACUGUUAUGCAAGAUAAUAGACAGAUUUUGAUGUCUUAGUAUGCAUUUUUAUAUAAAAACACAUGCAUCUCCUGUGCUAUUUCAUCCAAAAGUUGAAGUAAGGAGUAGUCUCUAACACAAUGUAAAGAAAACUGUUAGGUCUUUGAAACCAAGUAUUGCUAUGCAUUCAUAAAUUACCUUCAGAAUCUAAACCCAAGGCACUUAUGACAAAUGUGGAUAUAUCUUAUUUAAUUUAAUAUUUGAUCAGAUAUAGCUACUCAACUACUUUUGGUUUCUUUUCUGAAGGAAAAUAAAUCUUUGGAGUCAUCUUUUUGUGAUAUGAAAUAUAUAUGUUUUGCAAUCUCUCUACUUUGUUUUACCAGAGUAUACUGUUUUACAUGAAUUUCUGAUAUUGUCAUAUUACUUUAUGUGCUGAAAACAAUUGUUUUUAUGUACCACAAAAUUUCAAUAGAAAGGAAGUCUCUAUUUCUGAUUUUAAUCUCACAUUCUUAGAUGAACAAGGCAUUGCUUUCAUAUAAAAGUUUGUUGGGGGAGAAUGAUAGAUUUGUUUGAAUUGUAGAGGUGUUGUGGCACAGUGGAUAAGCCUGUGGACUUAACCAUAAGGUCCGGGGUUCAAAUCCCACCUCAGCACUUGCGUCCUUUGGCAAAGUGUUUACCUACAUUUUCUACUCUCCACCCGGGUGUAGUAAAUGGGUACCUUGGAGAAAGAAAUCCCUUGAUUGCUUGAGUGCCCAAUCAGGGUAGAUGUGCUGAAGCCAGGGUAAUAGUAUGCAGCGAAUAUAAAUUUGUAUUAAGCGCUAUAUAAAUGUUGCUUAUUAUUAUUAUCAUUAUUAUAUUGUGAGAAUGCACAUAUUACUGCAAACAGGUUUUCAUAGCAAUUUUUUAUGCCAGUCAACAACCUCUUGAUCUUAAUACUUCACUAUGUGACUCAAGGUAAUAGCAAAAAUACUUUAUACUUCUAUGUUGGUAAUAUCGAGCUAUAGAACACUGAUGCAGAUUUUGAUCAUUAUUUCCUUAAAUUCAAAAUUUAUAUUUUCACAUUGUCUGCUUCUUUCUUUCUCUCUGUCUUCAUUUGAUUUUUUUCUCUCUUUCUUUCUCUCCCUCUCUGCUGUUCUCUAUUUCUUUCAUUCUCUCUUUCUUUCUGUCAUCCGUCCUUUUCUUUUUUCUUCAUUUCUUUUUUUUGCUUGCUUCAUUUCUUUCUAUCUUAUAUUUUGCCUUCUUUCUUUAUUUCUAUUCUUUUCCCUCCCUUUUGUUUGCUGUUAAGAGACAAUAAAUAUGUAUUUAUUACCGUGAUUCUCAGUAAGUUGGUCAAUCAUUUGUCAUUCCAUUUAUUAACUUAGUUAUAAAUGUUUAAUGUUUGCAGUUUAGUAUGAAGCACAUGGGGUUUACUUACCAGUUUAAAUCAAUUUAGAACAAUUUUUCAAUGGUUUCUACCAAUACCACAGCCAAACUUAUGAAUAAUGUAUUGUGAUGUUUUAAUUCAAGUCAUUUAAGUGAUGAUUUUUGUUGGUUGUUCCUUGUACAUGCAUUAUUGUGACAUUCUUCCCAUAUUUGGUCAGCACUUGCUAUUUGCAGCCCUAUUUAUGAUACAUAAUGUUUCCUCAUGAAUGCUAUGAUUUCAUUUAUGAAUUGAUUAGUUUUCCUUUGCCUUGUUCUUCAUGGCUAUGGUACAAUCUGGCCCACUCUAUCAUCACUUGGGCUAAUAAAUAUUUGAUCCAACUUCUCACAUCUAUACUUACCACUCUCAAUUUUCAAUUUUUGUCUAAUAUCCAGUUGGGCUAAUGUUAUUUAAUCCUGCAAUACUUGGACAAAUAUUCAUUUCAGCCAAGAUGAAGUGGUUAUAAGACUAAGCACUUAUUACACCAAAAUUAAAUGGACUAAGUAAUAAUUUACCCAAAUGGUCAUUGUAUCGUCUGGUGAUAAGACAAAAUGAAAUGUGGACCAAAAUGUGUUCUGCCCAAAUAAGGAAAGCUUAUCUGGAAAUGAGACCAAAUAAUUUUUGACCUCGCAUGCUUAAUCCCUGUAUCUUUUAAUGCUCUUCGGUUGUUCAAGAUCUAGAUCUCUCCCAUUCGCACUUAUCUAUUCAUCACUUUUCAAUCAUGUUUUGUCUUUCUACAUUUAUUACUAUUUCACUGCCUUCUUUCCGAUAACUUGAUAAGUAGAGGCAUCUUCAAGGUCCUAUCCAUUUGAACUUACAGCAACUGUUAGAUCCCACAUAGUAUUUGACCAAAGAUUGACUCUGUGUGGUUGUAAGGGUUAAUCUUUCACUAAUCAGGGAAUUUCCCUUAUUAUAUGAGGGGAAUUACCCCCCAUUAAAGAAGGAUGUAUUCAUGUAUGCAAAUCUUCAGUAAAGACUGACUUUAAAUGAAUGACAAUAUGAUGGAACAUUAGAAAUCAUUUAGAUUAACAAUCAGUUUAGCAUAGAAAGGUUUGAAAUACUAGAGAAAAAAGAUGGACAACAAUGAAACAUUGCAAUCUUGUUAUGGUACAGUUUUUGUAUUACUGCAUUCUUUAUUUUUUAGUUCAAUUUUGAUAACUGUUGUUUCUGUUUUGGUCAUGGUUGUUGUAGCAGUUGUGUCAUAAGCAUUGGUUGCAUCAAUGUAUCACAAAGAUAUCUCUCAUUCAAUAGCUAUGCCAUUUAUCUAUUCAGAAUAUUAUUGCUAGGAAAAAUGCAGAACUGAGCUCAUAUGCAAUGGUAUGGGCUGAAUUUAUGAGGCAAGUUGAAAAAUGAAAUUUUGAAUGAAAUAUGUGCAUAUUUAGUUUCAACUUCGUUAUCUUGAUUUCUUGUCCAAAAGAUGCGAUAUCUUGCUGGAAAAGGACAUACAUACAAAUCAUGUGUCAGUAGGUAGCUGGGGUACAAUUUUAAAUUUCAGGAGUGUGGUUGAACAGACAAUUUUCUUAUUUGAAGAUUAGUCACUUCAUCGAUGACAAAUGUUUGAUUUCUAUUACAAAUUUGCUCUUAGCCAAUCAAAUGCCAUGCUAUAGUAGCUUAUAGCAGUUAUUGUAUUUUGUUAUUGAUAACAAGCAUCUGAACCAGAGCCACGAGAAGUAGAGAGGGAGGAAGUCUUUUGGGAUCAUGAUCAAUAUAUUGUCACUUGGUUGGCAGAAUGGUGGUAGAAUGCUUGUGCGCGCCGAUUUUGAAUUCAUAUGCGGCUGGCAUAAGGGCAUUAGCUCAGGUGUGCACUACGUGAAAAGUACAGUGGGUUUUAGAGUUAACUUAACGUCCUUCUGCCUGACCAACAGGAAUGGAAAUUCAUGUGUAUAAUUCCUAAUGCCCUUCUGCCAGCCAGGCAAUGAUAUCAGCUUUGAGAAUAGAGACAGUGUUAUCAGAAAUUAGUCAUUGGAUAAAUGACCUUCUGGAUCUCACAAGAUGAUAAUGCCACUUAUUUUAUAUUACCUUGCUAAUGAAAAGACAAGAGAAAGAGAUGGCUAACUCUUUUGGAGUUGGAAUAUUUUAUAUGUGAUGUGACUAUACAUUAUUGUGAUAUUGGUAUAGGCAUACGUAUCAUAUUUAAAUGAAAUAUAUAUUGUAUGUAAUGUAAUUUAUGUAUAGAAAAUAUCUAUAUAAUUACAAGAAACAAUGCCUACAGAAAAGGUCUUACUUUUUAAACAAGAAGAUAUGGAUUAUUGUAUAUUAAUAUUUUAAAUUGAUUGGUGAAUAAUCAUGAGUGGAAGAGAAGACAUUGUGGCAUAUAUCCUAGCAUGCUAGUAGAACAUUAAAAUGGUACAUUUUGUUAGUUCUACAAGCAAUAAAACUUUAAAUACAUUGAAAAUA